UCCAGUCAGAGGUUCGGUGAGAGAUCCAGUCAGAGACGACUUUGAGAAAAUGCCUCAGACCAACAAGUCGCAGAGCGGUGGCAGUGUGCCAGGACAGGCCUCUGCCCCGGACCAGGGCGAGCCGCCACCGGCAUCAGCAGACGUUAAGGGGGCUGCUGGCGAUGGAGGCGGAGGAGUGGGUCUGGAAGACAAGGGGGACGCAGAGAUCAUCAAAUCACCCAGUGAUCCAAAGAAAUACAGGUACAUCGAGCUGAAUAACGGCCUCCGAGCUCUCCUCAUCUCCGAUUUCAGUGGGGCCGACGUGAAGGGGGGCAGUGAAAACGGAGAGGACAAGGGUGAACCUGAGGACGAGGGCGAAGAGGAAGAUGAAGGGGAUUCUGGAGAGGGGUCAGAGGAGGACGAGGAGGACGACAAAGAGGCGGAGCAGGACAGCGACUUUGAGGAGCUGGACGAGGAAAACGCAGAAAAGAAUAGUGGGAGCUCUGAGAAACAGGCUGCAGCCGCUCUGUGCAUCAGUGUGGGAAGCUUCAGUGACCCGGACGACCUGCCCGGCCUUGCCCACUUCUUGGAACACAUGGUGUUCAUGGGCAGUGAGAAAUAUCCAGCAGAGAACGGCUUUGACGCCUUCUUGAAGAAGCACGGCGGAAGUGACAAUGCCUCCACCGACUGUGAGAGAACCAUCUUUCAGUUCGAUGUGCAGAGGAAAUAUUUCAGAGAGGCGCUGGACAGGUGGGCUCAGUUCUUCAUCUGUCCUCUGAUGAUUGAGGACGCCAUCGACCGAGAGGUGGAGGCUGUGGACAGUGAGUUCCAGCUGGCGAGGCCGUCAGACUCCCAUCGUAAGGAGAUGCUGUUUGGGAGCCUCGCUAAACCUGGACACCCCAUGAGCAAAUUCUGCUGGGGUAACGCUCAGACAUUAAAACUGAAGCCCAGAGAGAAACAGAUCAACACGUACCAGCGGCUGAGAGACUUCUGGAGGAGAUAUUACUCUGCUCAUUACAUGACGCUCACUGUUCAGUCCAGAGAGACUCUGGACACUCUGGAGCAGUGGGUGAGAGAGAUCUUCAUUAAAGUUCCCAACAAUGGUGAACCUCGACCUGACUUCUCUCACCUGCAGCAGCCGUUCGACACACCGGCCUUCAACAAACUUUACCGAGCUCUGCAGGUGGUAGAUCUUGUGUUCCAGUAUCUGAAGAUGCUCCAGACUCUGGGCCCCCAGCAGAGGAUCUAUGAGGAAAUUCAGAAGAUAGAAGCCAAUGAGUUCCACUAUCAGGAGCAGACGGAUCCCAUCGAGUUUGUGGAGAACAUCUGUGAGAACAUGCAGCUGUUUCCCAAAGACGACUUCCUGACCGGGGACCAGCUCAUGUUUGAGUACGAUCCUCAG